AUCAAACAGCAACAUAGGAAAGAAUCCUAAGGAUUAUAAUCCUUAAAAAAAAUACUAUGUAAAUCCUUUGAAUCAAAGGAUAUUUCUCAAGAAACACAAAUGCAAUUUGCUCAUGGUUGGUUCUGGAUCCUUACCGGCGUUUGGUUUCUAUCGCUUCUGGAACGCUCCAGCAAGACCCGUUCGCUGCCAGAAAACAAGAUGUGUGGUCUUUGCCAGCCAAUGCGGUGUGUGGCGACCUUGGGGGAUUGUUCCAGAUGCGCGUUUGCAAUUCGUACAGUUGUAGCACCGCUUGUCCCUUUCCGCUCCUUUUGCCUAGGACUCGUAGCUAAAACUGCAUCUCGCUAUUUGUUAUCUGUAUGGCUUAGGAGAGAGGAAGAAUUCACCACGAAUAGCAAACCGCAAACACGAAAUUCCUGGCAUUUUGGCACUUUCUUUGCUGAACCCUGAAUAAAUCCUAGCACCGUCGUUACUCACGGCACACGCUCCCCAUCCUUUGCUCGUCUCCCUUGCACGAAGCCCCGAUCUAACGCACGCGGCUGCGUGGUGAACACAAAGCCCCGGUCUGACACGAAAAUCUCGUCGCCGCAGCAUACUGACGUCCCCAUGGCGAUCAGCAGCAGAGCAGCAGCCUGUGCCGCGCUCACCUUCCCGAGCACCGCCGCCGCCGCGCCACCCUCGAGCGUCUCCGUGAACCCGAGAGCUCAGCCAAGGAAGGCGAUGGCAGCCGUGGCGCGCGCGACCAGGGCUGGCGGCGCGGUGCUGGACCCGCCGGCCUUCGACCAGUCCCAGCUCGACACCCUUCCCCCAGCACAAGAAGGAGGAGACACGGGGAGGCUCAAGGACCGGAAGGGCACCGGCAGCGGCGACAGCUACAAGGUGCUGCUCCUAGACGACCCGCGCCACACCGAGAAGCACGUGGAGACGGCGUUGCCGCAGGUGGUGCCGUCCGUGACGGCCGAGGCGGCGCGGCAGCUCUUCCACGAGUCCCGGCAGAAAGGCGCCGCGAUGGUCAUCGUCGCCGUCAAGGAGCAUGCCGAGUUCUACGCGCAGAUGAUGGUUCGCCACGGGCUCCGAUCUGCCAUCGAGCCCGAAUCCGACAUGGCAGCUUAACUUAACCGUGUUUUCAGAGACAAGAGCACCUGCCCGGCGCUGGGUUUUGGAGGACCGGAGGCAAUUUCAGCUAGUGCUAGUAUGUAAGCUCUGAGCAUUUAUGUAAUCACAUGUAACAUCAAGUAAGUGAAACCAACGAGAUUCAGACAUAGAAGCUCCGAGCA